CAGUACUGCCAAGACUGAGGUCUACGGCGGUCCCUGGAAUUAAUUGCGACUAUAGUAGUUGCACACACGUGUUUGACGCCCGUGGUUUAAGACACUACAGCCUGUGUGCACCAGCAUGGCAGAAGAAGGGUUAAUGCUAAAUCUCGCCGUGAACCCCCCAGUCUCUGGAACCGGGAGGACCAAAGUCCAGAAACAGUUCAGAGCCUCUGCGAAAUGGAAGAGUAAAAAAGCCGCCAAGCGGAAGCUGCAGGCGGGCAGUGACGAGGGCGCCCCGGCGAAGCGCGGGCCGGCCCAGGCCAGGACCCCCCCGGGCGCCCCGAAACAACCGCAGCCCCGCAGGGCGCCGCUGAGCCCCGUCAAGGGGCGCGGGGGGGCGGACUCGAAGAGGUCCCCGCAGGACGUCCCGGAGGGCGGGGGCCAGGGAGACCGGCCGCUCGUCAGAACCUCCUCCCUCUUCAGGAACAACCCCGACAUCCCCGCCGUCAGCCGACCAGAUGUGGCCCAGCUGAGGGAGAAAGUGUUCACCAGCGACUCCUUUACAGACCUGGAGCUGCACCCUCACCUGGUCUCCACUCUCAACAAUGUGCUGAAUGUAUCCAGCAUGACCAGCGUCCAGAAACAGACCAUCCCUCUGCUGCUGACUGGGAGAGAUGUGGUGGUGCGAUCUCAGACGGGCUCCGGUAAGACGCUAGCUUAUGGAAUUCCUCUGGUGCAGUCCCUGCAGGCAGUGCACCCUAAAAUCAAACGCAGUGAUGGGCCUCUGGCUGUCCUAGUGGUGCCCACCAGAGAGCUGGCGCAGCAGAGCUUCCAGAUCAUCCAGAAACUCCUGAAGCCCUUCACCUGGAUUGUGCCCGGGGUCCUGAUGGGAGGGGAGAAGAGGAAGUCGGAGAAAGCCAGGUUGAGAAAAGGGAUCAACAUCCUGAUCUCCACCCCGGGCCGCUUGGUCGACCACAUCAAGAACACGGAGAGCAUCGCCUUCACCGCCGUCCGCUGGCUCAUCCUGGACGAGGCCGACAGGACCCUGGACCUGGGCUUCGAGAAAGACCUGACCGUGAUCCUGAACGCCCUCAACGCUGCCGGCGCUCAGAGGCAGAACGUGCUGCUGUCCGCCACACUCACUGAAGGUGUGUCGAGGCUGGCUGGGAUUUGCCUCAAGGAGCCGGUCACCGUCCACGCGUCCGAGGGCGCCGCACAGAGCGAGGAAGCCAGGGAGCUGACCUCUGACCCCUCCUCCACCGGCCUGUCGGAGAGCUUCACAGUGCCUGAGAAGCUGCAGCAGCACAUGGCCAUCGUGCCCAGCAAGCUGCGCCUGGUCUGCCUGGCUGCUUUCAUCCUGGGCAAAUGCAAGGGUGAAGGGGCCCAGAAGAUGAUUGUGUUCCUGUCGAGCUGUGAGGCAGUGGAGUUCCUCCAGUCCCUCUUCAGCAAGGUGCUGUGUGGGAGCGCAGGCAGCCAGGGUACCGGAGCAGAGCGCCCCCUAAUGGACUUCAUGAGAUUGCACGGCAACAUGGAGCAGGAGGAAAGAACUGAGGUGUUUCAGAAGUUUUCUCAGUCCAAGACAGGCAUCCUUCUUUGCACGGAUGUGGCAGCCCGAGGACUGGACCUGCCUCGAGUGACCUGGAUAGUUCAGUACACACCCCCGGCCUCCCCAGCGGAGUACGUCCAUCGGGUGGGCCGCACGGCUCGCAUCGGUGCCCGCGGGAACAGCCUGCUCUUCCUCACGCCUUCCGAGACCGCCUACCUCGCCGUGCUGGCCAAUCACAACAUCAGCAUGUCGGAGAUGAAGAUGGAAGAUAUUUUGGCUAACCUCAUGCUGGACGACCGCUUCGCGGGCAGAGGUAAAUGGGACAAGGCAGCUCUGCAGUCCUUCCUGCGGGCCUACACAACGUACCCCGCCGGCCUCAAACACGUCUUCCACAUCCGGACCCUCCACCUGGGCCACACCGCCAAGAGCUUCGGUCUCAGGGACGCGCCCCGGGGCCUGGGCUCGGGGCUGGGCGCCGGCCCCCGCGACAGGACCAGGAAGCCCCCCAGGAGAACCCCCCAAAAGCUGAGCGGUAAGGAGCGCAUGGCGAACUUGCUCCGAUCCGAGUACUCCAGCGGAAUGGACACAGUGGAUCCCAAGAAGAAGACAAAGAUUCACAAAAAGGCCGGAAAACUGAGACUUCAGAAUCAGCCGGCAUAACCUAAGGACAUCAGCCUUAACCUACUACCUGGCAGAAGACAGCAAGUGAGGAUACAGCUCUCUGAGAUGUCGAGCUUCAUGCCGGCUGACCGUUGUGUUGCUCAAGCCGAUCAGUGGGUCAGCAGUGACGCGAUGGUGUGGAGAGAAGUAUCCUUUAGCAGAAGAGUCAGUGCGACCUUCCCGCGGUGAUCCGUCGACAGUUCUUGAGCUAAAGGUUUAAAUUUCCUGCAAGCCAACCCAGAAGCUGAUUUUCCAGUAUGACAAUGCAAGACCCCAAAGUGCUAAGUGGCACAACGUAGAAGAAGCAACAACGAUGAGGUCUUGACAGCCUGCUUUUUCUCCUGGCCUGUGACCACUAAGGACUCCUCCGGGACUUAUUGCCAUCAACAAGAGCCAACUGAGCAACUUUCACCCACUGUCUGCAGCUGCACAGGGAGAGUGGCAGAACACGCCACAGCCGUCUACCCAGAGGCUGAUCAGGUGCGGACGUCAGCACUGCCAGGAUUGUGUUGAUGAGCAGGAGGGAGGUCAAGCUGACUUUGUUUUCACAUUGACAGUGUCACACAGCUUGUACUGUAAACACAUUCUGGUUCUUUAGUCUGUCUUCUGCCCAGUUUUCUGUAUUUUGGGUUAAGAUCUAUCUAGAAGAAUUGAUUACAUCCAUUAGACCUGAAUGUAGUGGCUUUGUAAAUCUGUACAUGUACAGAGUUUACUUGAAAUAGGUUUGUGGCAUUUCAACUUUAUAUUUGAAAUAUGUUUUGUAAGAUUCAUUUGUAGAGCAUUUAAAAACGUUUUACUAGUUUUUAAUAUAUUUUGUUGUAUUUUCCAUAAUGCAAAAGCCUUAAGUAAAAUAACUGUACAUCAGAACACA